AUGGGCAGCAGCCAACUGUGGAUCGGACUGGGGGUUGUAUUCGGCCUCCUCCUCCUAGCUGCCAUCAUCGCCGCACUCGCCAGGAUCCAGCUCUACCGAAAGCGGGUGACCCUGCCUUCUCAGGCGAAACCGAUUUCAUCGGUUCCAUCUGAAGAAGAUGGCGGAAGGCCACAAGGGCACUCUGCACAAAGCAGCGGCAGUGGCGGUCGGGGUGGACGCGCUUCAGAGCAGAACAGAUUUAAAAGUCAUCACACCCCAAAGAAGGUGGAGAAGAACUUGAGAUCCCAUUCAACUGACUGUCGUCACAUUCCAGAGGAGGAGGAGGAGAACUUGGAAUCUGGUUCAGUUGGUGGUUGUCAUAAUGUGGAGGAGGAGAAUUUGGAAUCAGAUUCCAGUGACUGUUGUCGUGUUCCAGAGGAGGUGGAGAAGAUCCUGGAAUAUAUUUCAGGUGGUGGUUGUCAUAUUCCAGAGGAGGAGAAUUUGGAAUCAGGUUCCAGUGACUGUUGUCGUGUUCCAGAGAAGGUGAAGAAGAACCUGGAAUCUAUUUCAGGUGGUGGUUGUCAUAUUCCAGAGGAGGAGAAUUUGGAAUCAGAUUCCAGUGACUGUUGUCGUGUUCCAGAGAAGGUGGAGAAGAACCUGGAAUCUAUUUCAGGUGGUGGUUGUCAUAUUCCAGAGGAGAAAGUGGACUUGGAAUCGAAUUCAAGCAAAAACUGGGAUCUGUCUGCCGCCCUGAGUGACUAUGAACAGCUUCGGCAGGUCCACACAGCGAACCUCCCCCAGGUGUUCAAUGAAGGGAAGUACCCCAAGCCGCAGCAGGAGAGAGAGCCUCCGCAGCAAGUGAACAAGAGCGAGCGGCCGUCUCUUCAGAGGCAGGAUGAUAUCGCUCAAGCAGAGAAGAGGCUUUCUAGAGGGAUUUCUCACGCCAGCUCAGCAAUCGUCUCCCUUGCUCGAUCUCACGUGGCCAACGAAUGCAACAGUGAACAGUUCCCACUGGAGAUGCCCAUCUACACAUUCCAGCUCCCUGAUCUCAGUGUUUACAGUGAGGACUUCAGGAGCUUCAUUGAGCGAGAUCUGAUUGAGCAGGCCACCAUGGUUGCGCUGGAGCAAGCAGGUCGUCUUAAUUGGUGGUCCACGGUGUGCACCAGUUGUAAACGGCUUCUUCCUCUGGCAACCACGGGGGACGGAAACUGUCUGCUGCACGCUGCAUCUCUGGGAAUGUGGGGCUUUCAUGACAGGGACCUGGUUCUGCGGAAAGCCCUCUAUACCAUGAUGAGAAGCGGCGCUGAAAGGGAGGCCCUCAAGAGAAGAUGGAGGUGGCAGCAGACGCAGCAGAAUAAGGAGUCGGGGCUCGUUUACACCGAAGAAGAAUGGGAGCGGGAGUGGCACGAACUUCUCAAGCUGGCUUCGAGCGAACCACGCACUCACUUCAGCAAAAACGGAGGCACUGGUGGGGGAGUUGACAACUCGGAAGAUCCGGUGUACGAGAGCCUAGAGGAAUUCCAUGUUUUUGUCCUAGCACAUAUAUUAAGACGGCCGAUUGUUGUGGUUGCGGAUACGAUGCUACGAGACUCCGGAGGGGAAGCAUUUGCACCGAUCCCGUUUGGCGGAAUUUACCUGCCUCUGGAAGUCCCGCCAAACCGAUGCCACUGCUCUCCCCUGGUCCUUGCCUACGACCAAGCGCACUUCUCUGCCCUCGUGUCCAUGGAGCAGAAGGACCAGCAGAGGGAACAAGCGGUGAUCCCUCUGACUGACUCUGAACACAAGUUACUGCCUUUGCACUUUGCGGUUGACCCAGGGAAAGACUGGGAGUGGGGGAAGGAUGACAACGAUAACACCAAGCUGGCCAAUUUGAUUCUCUCUCUGGAGGCAAAACUCAACCUUCUGCACAGUUACAUGAAUGUAACCUGGAUACGCAUACCAUCGGAAACACGG